AUGCGGAGCCACACACGACCACACAAUAAUUAUCAACAGCAACAACAAUUUUAUCCAAGCCAGCAAUACCAAGCCCCUCCCGAUUCCCACUCUGUCAUUUUAGUUACCGCUGGCUAUGACCACACUAUUCGGUUUUGGGAAGCUUUGAGUGGGAUUUGCUCGAGGACUAUACAACAUCCUGAUUCGCAAGUUAACAGGUUGUGCAUUUCACCGGAUAAGAGGUACUUGGCAGCAGCUGGAAAUCAACAUAUUCGAUUAUACGACAUCAAUAGUCCCAAUCCAAAUCCGAUAUCUUCAUUUGAUGGUCAUACAGGAAAUGUGACUGCAGUCGGUUUCCAUUGUGAUGGAAAAUGGAUGGCCAGUGGAAGUGAAGAUGGUACUCUAAAGAUCUGGGAUACAAGGUCUGCGCAAGUUCAACGUAACUAUGAUCACAAAGGACCCGUUAAUGAUGUGGCCAUUCAUCCUAAUCAAGGUGAAUUGAUAUCUUGCGAUCAAAAAGGUGUUAUUAAAAUUUGGGAUUUAAGUGAGAAUUCCUGUACUUAUGAAUUGGCUCCUGAAGAAGAUGUUCCCUUAAGAUCUGUGACCGUGGCAAUUGAUGGGUCAAUGUUAGUUGCUGCUAAUAAUAAAGGCAACUGCUUUGUUUGGAAGAUGUCGAAUACGCGUGAUUUUACCGACUUGCAGCCAAUCUAUCAAUUUUCGGCGCACAAAAAAUAUAUCCUUAGAUGUUUAUUGAGUCCGGAUGUAAAACACUUGGCCACUUGUUCAGCAGACACCACCGUGAAAAUAUGGUCCACUGCUGACAACGAAUUCAAAUUGGACAAAGAAUUGAAAGGACAUACUCGAUGGGUAUGGGAUUGUGCAUUUUCUGCCGACUCUGCUUAUUUGGUUACUGCCUCAUCCGAUCACGUGGCACGGUUAUGGGAAUUGCAACAAGGCGAAACUAUAAGGCAGUAUAAUGGUCAUCAUAAGGCGGCUGUUUGUGUCGCUUUGAAUGAUUUGUCGAUUGGUAACUAG